AUGAAUUCUAAACUUAUUAGAUAGAGUAAGUCAACUUAAAAAAUACCAUAAUAAGUUUCAUAAUAAAAGAAUCUAGAAUAAGUUUAUAUCAAAAGACUUCAAGAACAAGAAGCUUUCAUGCCAAAAGACAUAUAUAUUUAGAAACAUAAGAGUAUGCAUUAGAUAAUGAAUAAUUAAUAAACAUAACCAUUGAGAUAUUAUUCUCAUAUAAAUGAAAUUAGAUCAAUAAAAGAAUUCAUUUACAUUUCAGAAAAAUUAAAAUAGAAGAAUAUAGAAAGAAAAAUGUAAGAGAGGUUGGAACUUAAAGGCAAACUGAAUUAAAUCAAGUAAAUCGAAAUAGGAAAAAAACUAUAAUAUUAUAUAGAAAGGAAGAUUAGAUUAUUUAUUAAGGAUAGACAACAUGAAGAAAGUAUAAAUAUAUCUUAUAUAUAGAUCCAUAUAAUAAAUCUUUUGAAGCAUUUUAUGAAUUCUAUAGUAAUGAUCCAAAAUUAAAAACCUUUGAAAAAGAUAAACUACUAAGUGAAUUCAAUCGUCUUUCUUCUUAAGUUCUUAAUGUUCCUGUUAGUAGAUCAUAACAUGCAAAAAUUACAAUUUCUUCACCUCCUAAAAACAUUUACUAAAAUGUAAUAAAGUUAUUCAUUAUAAAUAGAAUGAGGAUAAUGAACCUACUUAAAAUGAAGAAGAUGAUGGAACUAGCAAAUUUUUAACUAUGAAAGCAGCUAAUCGACUUUUAGGAUUAAUGAUGGUUGAAAGUAGUAAGGGUAAGAGAACUCCUAUAGUUUGGGCUCUUAAUAAAAAGAAAGAACUUCAAGAAUUACUCAAUAAACCAUUUGGAGGAAAGAUGAAUUUUACAAUGAAUGCCUUUAAUUGGUUAAUAGAUAAUGCAAUUUAAAAAAGUUAAGUUUACAUAAAUAAAAAUUAAAUUGUUGAACAAAAAAGUGUAGAUCCAAAGAAAAUUAGUGAAUUGAUUGAUAAAGGACUUGUAAAUAUUAAAAGAACCUUAAGUACUAGACCAGCUAGUUCAAAUAAUUUAAGAAGUUGUUAAUAAUUAAAACACAGAAAUGAUGUAGCCUAAGAAUAUUGUAUAUCAGAACGUGUUAGAUAAAAUGUUAUAUAACAAAAAAUGAGAAAUCAAAAAUUGUAAGAAUAAUAAAAAAUUCAGAAAAGUUAUUUAUCAAAUGAUUCUUAUGUGAAUCACUACAUUUGA